AUGAAGGCAGCGGGCUUGCUACUCCUGGGCCUUGCUCUGAGGUUUAGGGCUGUGAUUGCUACGCCAGAAGACGGCAGCUCUUGCUCAAAGAGCCAAGUGGCUUUCAGAGACUCUUGCUAUGAAUUUGUGCCUCUCAGUGACACCUUCUAUGGUGCCCAGAGCUGGUGCGAGGGGCAAGGGGGCCAUUUGGUCUUUAUUCGUGAUGAGGACACCCAGAAGUUUCUGCAGAAGCAUAUCUCCCAGGACAGGGAAUGGUGGAUUGGACUUGUAGGAAAUUUGGCUCGGAAUGGAACCACAGAAGGGCCGGGGAUCUGGCUGGACACCUCAAAUGUGAGCUACAGCCACUGGCGCCGAGGGGCCUCUCCUGCCCCAAACACCUGUGGUUAUAUCGAGAGAGACGAUUCCUUUGGAUGGGCGGCCUCAGACAACUGCACUCAGCCGUCUGCCUUCAUCUGCGAGUUUGGUGUUGGCCAGAGCCUGGCCUGUGACGGCCUCAAUGCCACCAUGCACUGUGGCUCAGGGGAGGUUAUCCAGAUCCAGGACGCCUUCUACGGGCGCCAGAGUCCCCAUUAUUGCGUCCAGGAUGCUGCGCGCCCCUCCGAACUGGAGGAAGGAUGUACCUGGGUCAGCGUCAAGGACGAAGUGGCAGGUCAGUGCCAGGGGCUGCAGGUGUGCCAGGUGGCCGCAGAUGGGACCCACUUCAGGGACCUGUGCCCCACCCAGGGCAGCUACCUGUGGGUGCAGUACCAGUGCCAGGAAGGCCUGCAGCUGAUGGUGUCCAAUGAGAGUUUCAUCUUUGACAAUGUCACCAUCUCCUUGACAUGGCUCCUCUCUCCCUACAUCGGAAACCUUUCAUGUAUAAUUAGUACAGGAGAUGGCCACACUUUUGAUCCCUUCUACCCUCCCAGUUUAUCCAGCAACGUGAUCCACCAGUUCACAGCCCCUGGGGAAUAUACUGUGUUUGCCGAGUGCACAACCAGUGAGUGGCAUGUGAUGGCUCAGAAGCAUGUGACAAUCCGAGACAAGAUGGAAAGGCUCAGUGUGACUGGGUGCUCCAGCCUGUCCAUGGUGGGAGCCAGCCCUCUCUGCCGUGCCAUCUUCGGAGAACCACUGUGGAUUCAGGUGGUACUUGAUGGAGGAAGAGGCGUGACUUACACGGUGCUGUCGGGGAAUACAACCCUGGCUGAGUUCACCACACCAAGCGGCCUGCUACCCUACAACCUGACCCUAGACAGAGCAACCCAGCAGAGGAUGGGCCCAGGGAUGCACCACCUGGAGAUCCGAGCCACCAGCAACACCACUUCUGCUCCCUCCAGGAACAUCACAGUCCACUUUGUGGAGCCUCUGUCAGGGCUACGGGCCUCCUGGGGUUCUGACCACUUGGAGCUUGGACAAGACCUACUGGUCAACGUCUCAGUGGCUCGUGGCACACCAGAGAGGCUGACCUUUGAAGUGGCAGGACUCACUGCAACCUUCUCCCAUGAAGAAGAGAGCCUUGAGGGGCCAUUUGGGAUUUACUCUGUGGCAGUUCCUCUUGAAGGCACCUUUCUGGUCACGGUGACGGUGAGGAAUGCCUUCUCAAACUUGAGUCUGGACAUUGGAAGCAUCACUGUUUCAGCUCCUGCCAGUGUGCAAGAACCGUCUGGAACAAAUGCCAAGGAAAAGAAUAGAGAGAAAAGGGACAUGCAGGUGUACGUGGAGCCUGGUCAGUAUGUGGAUCCUUUCACGACCGUGACUCUGGGCUGGCCAGACAGGGACAAGGAUUUACGCUUCCAGUGGUCAUGUGGACGCUGCUGGGCCCAGUGGGACUCCUGUGUGGAGAAGCAGCUGCUCCGUGUGGACCAGAGGGAGCUGGUGCUUCCUCCGUCCUGCCUGCCACCACCCAGUUCUGCUGUCACCCUGCGCCUGGCCACCUGGAGGGGCGAGGAGCUGGAGAACCAGGAGCGGUGCCUCUACAUAUCGGCACCCCUGGAACUCAGGCCUCGAGUCAGCUGUGAGGAGAACUGCAGACCAGUGAAUGCCAGGGAAGACACUGUGCUCAGAGUCACCGUGGGGGAUGGCUCCGCAGAGGCCGUGUUCAACUGGUAUUUAGAUGACACCUCGCUGGAGAAGGCGGAGUCUCUCCCUGCUGCCUGUGGACUGCAAGGAUUUUGGCCCAGUGCUUUAAUCCUCCUUCAGAGCAACACCUCCACUCUCCGGCUGAAUAGCUCCUUCCUGCAGACCCGGGGCCAGGCCCUCCGAAUCAGAGCCACAGUGGUGACCAGGCAUGCCUAUGGGGAGGACACCUAUGUGGUUGGCUCUGUGCCUCCCCCUGAGGUGCCCACCUGCACCAUCACUCCAGAGGAGGGUACCGUUCUGACGAGCUUCGCCAUCUUCUGCAACACAUCCUCGGCCCUGGGCCCCCUGGAGUACUGCUUCUGUCUGGAGUCAGGUUCUUGUCUACACUGUGGCCCUGAACCUACCCUCCAGUCAGCUUAUCUGCCACUUGGGAAAGUAAACAAUGACUUCAUGCUGACAGUGGUCAUUUCUGUCUCCAAUCGUGCAGGGGACAAACAACAGGCCCAUGCAGUGGUGAAGGUGGGACUUGGAGACACCCACGCUGACAACGUGGCAUUCCAGGCUGCAGUGCUGGAGAACAUCACCGCCACUCUGCAAGGCGAGCGGGACCCUGAGCGGCUCUUCCAGCUGGCCAGGACCGUGUCAUCCGUGCUGGACCAGGAGUGCCAGGCGCAGGGCUGCGGGCUGCUGCUGAACAUGGACAUCAGGCAGAAGGUCAGAGAGCAUGUGCUGGGGUCGCUGUCUAUGGUCACCGCCACCCUGGGGGACAUGCAGAAGGUGCAAGGGCUGGCCCAGGUUCUGAGAGAGGUGACCCACCGCAGUGAGGAGCUCACACCCUCGGCCCAGUGGGAGGCCACCCAGGCUCUGCAGGGUGCCAGCGAAGCACUGCUGGCAGCGAGCCCCAAGGCCCAUCCUGAGGACCAGCGGCGCCAGAUGGCUACCAAGGACCUGUUUCAGGCCGUGGGCAGUGUGCUAGCAGCUUCCCUGAGGGAUGGACCACAAGAACCUACAGGGACCAAUGGCAGCCAGACUGCCGCCGUGCCCCAGCUGCUCAGAGUUGUGGAGCGAGUGCAGGCUGCCCUCCUACUAGGGACACUGCCUGGGGGCCUCCCGGCCACUCUGGCCGCCCCCUCCAUCUCCGUGUACACAAACAGAAUACAGCCCUGGAGUUGGCGGGGCUCCUCCGUGCACACCGCUGCCGCCAGCUCUGCAACCUUCACCCUGCCCGCGGCCUCCUCCCUCAGCUCCACGGAGUCCAGCCAGGAGCCUGUGGACAUCAGGAUGAUGAGUUUCCCAAUGAGCCCCUUCCCAGCCCAAAGUGACUUUGACAUCAGUGGAACUGUUGGUGGCCUCCGUCUGACCAGUCCCAGUGGACAUCUCAUACCCGUGAAGAAUCUGUCGGAGAACAUUGAGAUCCUGCUGCCCCGGCUUUCAGAACGCAGUGAGCCAACUGUGUUAAAUCUGACCAGUCCUGAAGCUUUGUGGGUGAACCUGACUUCAGACGGGGCAGCUCUGGGGAUCCAGCUGCACUGGAGGCCCAAUAUCUCCCUCAAGCUCAGCCUGGGCUACGGCUACCGCCCCAAUGAGACCAGCUACGACGCCAGAGCUCACCUUCCACCAAUGGCUGCUGCAGAUGGACUGUCCACGUGGAUUCUGAACCCAGAGGAUCUGCGUUUUGGAGAAGGCAUCUACUAUCUGACUGUGGUCCCCGAGCCUGAACUGGAGCUGAGCCCUGGCAGGGACCUCACAGUUGGCAUCACCACCUUCCUGUCCCACUGUGUGUUCUGGGAUGAGGUCCAGGGGACCUGGGACAACUCUGGGUGCCAGGUGGGGCCAAGGACCACCCCCUCCCAGACACACUGCCUCUGCAACCACCUCACCUUCUUUGGAAGCACGUUCCUGGUGAUGCCCAAUGCCAUUGAUGUCCGCCAGACUGCCGAACUCUUUGCCACCUUCGAGGACAACCCCGUGGUUGUGACCACCGUGGGCUGCCUCUGCGUGGCCUACGUGCUGGUGGUGAUCUGGGCAAGGAGGAAGGACGCUCAGGAUCAGGCCAAGGUGAAGAUCACAGUUCUGGAGGACAACGAUCCCUUUGCCCAGUACCACUACCUGGUGACAGUCUACACUGGACACCGGAGAGGGGCAGCUACUUCCUCGAAGGUGACCGUCACCCUAUAUGGCCUGGAUGGAGACAGUGAACCCCACCACCUGUCAGACCCUGACAUUCCAGUUUUUGAGCGAGGAGGAGUGGAUGUCUUCUUACUUUCUACCCUGUUCCCCCUGGGGGAACUGAGGGGUCUACGGCUGUGGCAUGACAACUCAGGGGACCGGCCAUCCUGGUACGUGAGCCGGGUGCUGGUGCAUGACCUGGCAAUGAACCAGAAGUGGUAUUUCCUCUGCAACUCAUGGCUGUCCAUCGAUGUCGGAGACUGUGUCCUUGACAAAGUAUUUCCGGUGGCCACAGAGCAGGACAGGAAACAAUUCAGCCACCUGUUUUUCACGAAGACCUCCACAGGCUUCCAGGACGGGCACAUUUGGUGUUCCAUCUUCAGCUGCUCAGCUCGGAGCAACUUUACCCGCGUCCAGAGAGUGUCUUGCUGCUUCUCUAUGCUCCUCUGCACCAUGCUGACCAGCAUCAUGUUCUGGGGUGUUCCCAAAGACCCAGCGGAGCAAAAGAUGGACUUGGGUAAAUUUGAAUUCACUUGGCAGGAAGUGAUGAUUGGACUGGAGAGCUCUCUCCUCAUGUUCCCCAUCAACCUCCUGAUUGUUCAGAUCUUCCGAAACACUCGUCCUCGGGUCACUAAGGAGCAGAAUGCGGGGAAAUGGGACAGGGGCUCCCCCAGCCUGGCCCCCUCACUGCAGCCCAUGGAGGAUGGCCUUCUGACACUUGAAGUGGUGACCAAGGAUAUGUGGAGACUUGUCAGCUCCCUGUUUAAAGCUCUGAAGGUGCCAUCUCCUGCCUCUGGCUGGGAGUCAGUGACCUUGAUGGACAUUAACCAACUGCUGGCCUUAGUGGAAGAUGUCAUCUGUGUGCAGAACAUGAUAGGGCAGGAGUCCUGGGAGGAAGCCAAGCAGAGAGAGGACUCUUUCACACUCACUCUGGGGUCUGCACAAGUGGAAGAACAAAUGCUCCGCCCCAGGGACCCUCAGAAGGACAAUGCCUACAGGCAGUGUCUCUACCUUCAGCUGGACCACUUGGAACAAGAGCUUCAGCUGGUGGGGGCCCGCAGCUCCUCCCAGUGCCAGAGCCACGCCCGGGCCCUCAGCCAGCUGCAGACACUGAAGGGCUACCUUGGGGGACGGCUGGACACGCCACCCCUGGCGCACACCAGCUCCCCGAUGGUGAGCCAGCCUCCUCGCGGCCUGCCCUGGUGGUGUGUCCUGGUGGGCUGGCUCCUGGUGGCGGCCACCAGCAGCGUGGCGGCCUUCUUCACUAUGCUCUACGGCCUGCACUAUGGGCGGACCAGCUCCCUCAAGUGGCUCAUCUCCAUGGCCGUCUCCUUCGUGGAGAGCGUGUUUGUCACACAGCCCCUGAAGGUGCUGGGCUUUGCUGCCUUCUUCGCGUUGGUCUUAAAGAAAGUGGAGGAUGAGGAUGAGCCUGUGGCCUUCCUCCCAGGACGCCCGUCUGUCCCAGAUCCCUCUGCCUUGUUCCGAGCACGAAGAUGCAGCAGAAAGGACAUCUACCAGCCGCCUCUGGCUACUGACAUCGAGAAGAUGAAAACUACCCACCUCAAGGAACAGAAGGCAUUUGCCUUCAUCAGAGAAAUCCUGGCAUAUCUGGGCUUCCUGUGGAUGCUGCUGCUGGUCGCCUACGGGCAGAGGGACCCCAGCACCUACCACUUCAACAGACACCUCGAGCGCAGCUUCACCCAAGGCUUUUCAGCUGUGCUCGGCUUCCAGGAGUUCUUCACGUGGGCGAACACCACCCUCAUGAGCAACCUGUACAGUCAUUACCCAGGCUUUAUCACUGAUGGGAACUCCAAGCUGGUUGGGAGCGCCCAGAUUCGCCAAGUGAGGGUCCGGGAAAGCUCUUGCUCUCUUGCUCCACAGCUGCAGGCUUCUCUUCAUGGAUGCCGUGCGCCAUACUCCCUGGACGCUGAAGACCUGUCAGACUACGGGGAGGGCUGGAAUGCCUCCGUCCUCAAUAGCAGCAAUGGCCUUUCCCAAGCUUGGCAGUACCAGAGCCAGCGCCAGCGCCGAGGGUAUCCCAUCUGGGGCAAACUCACCGUGUACCGGGGAGGUGGUUACGUGGCCCCCCUGGGAACUGAUCACAAAAGCUCAUCAAGAAUUCUCCAGUACCUGUUUGACAACACUUGGCUGGACAGCCUGACCAGAGCCGUUUUUGUGGAGUUCACGGUCUAUAACGCCAACGUCAAUCUGUUCUGCAUCAUCACUCUGACCCUGGAGACCAGUGGCCUGGGAACCUUCUUUGCACAUGCGAACAUGCAAAGCCUGCGCCUGUACCCCUUCACUGAUGGUUGGCACCCCUUCGUGGUCGCGGCAGAGGUCAUCUACCUCCUGUUCCUCCUCUACUACAUGAUUGUGCAGGGCAAGCUCAUGAGGAAACAGAGGUGGUGCUAUUUCCAUAGCAAGUGGAAUCUUCUGGAGCUGACCAUCAUCCUGGCCAGCUGGAGCGCCCUGGCGAUGUUUGUGAAGAGGGCUGUCCUGGCAGAACGUGAUAUCCAGCACUACCGGAACCACGGGAAGGAGGGGAUCAGUUUCAGUGAGACAGCAGCAGCUGAUGCUGCCCUUGGCUACAUCAUUGCCUUCCUGGUACUGCUGUCCACGGUGAAGCUUUGGCAUCUGCUCAGGUUGAACCCCAAAAUGAACAUGAUCACAUCAGCCCUGCGCCGUGCCUGGGGGGACAUUUCAGGCUUUAUCAUCGUCAUCCUUAUCAUGCUUCUGGCUUACUCCAUUGCAUCAAACUUAAUAUUUGGUUGGAAACUCCGUUCCUACAAAACCCUCUUUGAUGCAGCAGAAACAAUGAUCAGCCUUCAGCUAGGAAUCUUUAACUAUGAGGAGGUCCUGGACUACAGCCCAGUGCUUGGCUCCUUCCUGAUUGGGUCCUGCAUCAUUUUCAUGACAUUUGUAGUGUUGAAUCUAUUUAUCUCUGUCAUUCUGGUGGCCUUCAAUGAGGAGCAAAAAGAUGAUCAGCUGUCGGAGGAAGGAGAGAUUGUCGAUUUGUUGCUGGUGAAAAUACUUGGUUUCCUGGGCAUUAAAUGUAAAAGAGAAGAGCCUGGAAACAGCAGGGAGGAGGCCGAGUUGCUGUCAGAGGUCGGGCCCCCUGUACCUGUGUCAUCUGCACCCAAGCUUUAAGCUCUUCAUCCACACAUG